GAAACAGGAGUCCAGUCAGUCAGAGCUGCACGUUUCUGCGCCGCACCGGAGUGAAUAAUUGAUCAUCGCCUCGCUUAAAUGCAUUGAUGAAGAGGAAGUGAUUUGCGAGCGGAUCCUGCAGUCACUUUUUGGGGGAUUUUUUUCUUUCUUUUUUUUUUUUUAUUAUUACAUUCUCAGGUCGAAGGUAUUGCUUUUUUUUUUUUUUUGACUCUCUCUUUUCCUCGACUGAAGGAAAAAGUUUGCAUUGAGAGCCAACGCAGCUGGAGUCCGCAGAUGGAAAAAGCCUCUGAGUGCACACCGAGCGCACCUCUCCCAACAUGGACCCGGAGUCACUGAGAAGGUGAAGACUGUUCGCGUUAAAUGCUCACCGCGAGGCUUCCUGCAACACAGCAACUGCUCGUAUAACUGCUGUUAGUUCGGUGACUGUGUGAACCGUUUUCCCAGACUGUUAACUAUGGCGUCCAGUCUGACAUGUACGGGUGUCAUCUGGGCCCUGCUGUCCCUGCUGUGCGCCGCUGCUUCCUGCGUUGGCUUCUUCAUGCCCUAUUGGCUGCUGGGAACGCAGAUGGACAAGCCAGUGUCCUUUGGCACGUUUCGCCGCUGCUCCUACCCGGUGAGGGACGAGGAGAGGCAGGCCACGGUGAUGCUGGAGCAGUGUGGGCGGUACGCCUCCUUCCACGGCAUCCCGAGUCUGGAGUGGAGGAUCUGCACCGUGGUGACGGGCGUGGGAUGCGGCCUCCUCCUGCUGGUGGCGCUCACGGCUCUCAUGGGCUGCUGCAUCUCUGACCUCAUCUCGCGCACUAUUGGUCGCGUGGCCGGCGGCAUCCAGUUCGUCGGAGGUCUGCUCAUAGGAUCCGGCUGCGCUCUCUAUCCGCUGGGGUGGGACAGCGAGGAAGUGCAACAGACCUGCAACAACAGCUCGGACCAGUUUAAACUAGGUUCCUGCCAGAUCGGCUGGGCGUAUUACUGCACGGGGGCGGGGGCGGCGGCCGCCAUGCUGCUGUGCACCUGGUUGUCCUGCUUCGCGGGGAAGAAGCAGAAGCAGUACCCGUACUGAAGGCGGCUUCAGAGAGACGGGGUUGCGGACGGACGGACGGACAGAGACCUCGGGCGGCGUACGACAAAAGGGAGAGGACUCUGACUCUGUGGACUCACACCAGUACAGCACAUCAGGCACCAAAGACACCAAGUCAUUAUGGUGCUCUGCACAUCAUGGGACACUACUCAUCUGACAACUGCAGGGACUGUUUCAUAAUGCAGCACACACACUCGCACACACACUCACACACACACACACGGCUUUGAAAACUGGUACUUCUCUCAAAACCUGUUCUUAAAUGAAAAAUGUAUGGACCAAUCCUAUUUGUAGACUUGUUACAUGACUAUUUCUUUAACGAGUAUUCUCUGCUUUUUGUCUUCCUUUUUUUUUUUUUUUUUUUUUCCUCCUCCCUCCGGUCAUUGAUGUUUAUGUGAUAGUGUUCCCCUGUGACGAACAGCAAAGUAAUAUUGCCUCAUUGUUACGUGAAGUGUUUUGCUUCCCCCUCUUCAUGUUUCAUUCUUGCCUUAAACACAAAACUAAAAUGCAAUAAUCCCUAUAACGUACAGCAAUCCAACACUGGCUGCCUGCUUCCUCGACUCAGCCUUUUCAGAUUCCAAAAAAAAAAACAAAUCUAAGCAUAGUUUAUUUAACACAUUCAUAAGAUAUACAUUGUGUAUGGUAAUGUAUUUUAUCAUAUUAUCACAUGUUUUGUAUUCACUCUUGAAUUAUUAUUUUGUCAUUAUUUUGGUUUUGUAAAUAAAUGUUUAUUGAAAUACUGGA